UAAAAGAUGUUUAAAAUAUAAACCAAAGUUUUUUGGCAUCCAUUUGCGCUUUAUCCAUAGAAAUUUGAAAAAUUUGCGCCACAUCUGACAGUCGAUAUAACCUCAAUUUUCGCUCAGCUUCACAACGCAAACGCCCCAAAAUCGGCGAAAAUGCCGGUGCCUCUUUUGAAAGACUCCCAAAUGCAGUUUGGGGCUAUCACAUUUUUUGCAAAGCAACAUAAAGGCGAUACGUGCGGGAGUAACGGUCUUCCUCUAACUCCAAACUCAAUAAUUAUAAUUGGAAGGGCACAAAUUCUCAAAACAAUCAAAAAUCCGUACUUAUGCCAAUAUUUAGAUAUAGUGAGGGGCAAACACGAAAGGACAGUGGUCGUGUCCCAGUAUUGUGGGACCCCCUUGUCUGAUUAUAUCACAAAAGAGCCGUUCGAUUACGACGACGUUAGAAGAUUCGCUUAUCAAAUUUUGACCGCUUUGAAUUAUUUACAUGAACGCAAAAUCGUGCAUAGAAAUUUAAGCACGGAAAACAUCUUAUUGCAGAAAAACAAAGACAUUAAGUUGUUCAAUUACGGCCUUUUUUAUAUGACAGGAUGCGGACAAUUAGUUUCAUUCCCAAUAAUGCAAAUAUUAUAUAGCGCUCCGGAAAUAUACCUCGAUAGCCCCACCAGCACACAAGCUGACCCUAAAACUGACAUUUGGUCGCUCGGAAUUGUUUUAAUUGAAUUAAUUUUAAACAAAGUCUUGUGGCAGUCUUUGAAGUUGGGGCAAAGAAUCCGGAAAAUUUUAAGUCUUGUGCAGUGCAACACCUCGGUCUUUGAGCGAAUUGCGCGCGAGCACAACUGUUACGACAAAUAUGAGAGUGUCCCCAACGAUUUGAGAGAAAUUAUUGAAGCGUGUCUCAAUAUUUACCCCCAGAACCGCCCAACAUGUCACGAAUUACUGGCCAACCCCGUUUUUCAGUCUUUCAAGUCGGAAAAAACGGUCAAUAAGAGCAAAAUUUGCGAGCCGUUUGAAAUUUUUACAAUUCGUGAAUUGUAUCACUGGUGGCAGUUGGCCGGAGGCGACGUUUUUCAAGAACUCAAAAAGCAAGGAUUGAUACGUUCAAGCCCCCCUAUUCUGUCGCUCCCAAAUUUGGUGACUAUUGAAGGCACAACAGUAGGCCAAGAGCGCAACCCUGCCACUCUGUACGACCCCCGAAUUGUCCAAAUGCCCCUCGACACGCUCUACCAACGCUUUGCCCACAUUCCGUUAAAUUGUUUCUAUCCAUUGAUCCACAGUACUUCGAAAAUAAUCGAAAGCGGGGUUCCCCCGGCUUACGAUGCGACAGGUUUGCCUCUAGUUAUUAGGGAAAGAGACCCGGAGUAUCAGUUUCAUAGGGUCAUUCUGUUCCGCAGGCUUUUACACGGGUACCCCCAUACGAAAGACAUGAUUUUGAAGGAGGCCUCAAAGGACAUUCCCCCACUUCUCAGAGGGGAGAUUUGGGCCGCUUUGCUCGACGUUAAAGGCGACUACGAGCGCCAGUAUUUGCGAAUUGAUAAAGAAACCUCGACUACGACUGACCGCCAAAUCGAAGUUGAUAUUCCGCGUUGCCACCAAUACAACGAACUGCUCUCGUCUGCCGAAGGCCACAAGAAACUGAAACGCAUUCUCAAAGCUUGGGUUUACCAAAACUCGAAUUACGUUUACUGGCAAGGCUUGGAUUCCCUCACAGCGCCUUUUCUCUUCUUGAAUUUCAACAACGAAGCCAAAGCUUUUGCUUGUUUGUCCGCUUUCAUCCCCAAAUAUUUACACAAGUUUUUCCUCAAAGACAACUCAAUGGUCAUUCAAGAGUAUUUAGCCAAAUUCUCGCAACUGAUCGCGUUCCACGACCCGCACCUCGCCAAUCACCUCCACGAGAUUAACUUUUAUCCGGAAUUGUUCGCCAUUCCGUGGUUUUUGACCGUGUUUUCACACGUUUUCCCGCUCUACAAGAUCCUGCAUUUGUGGGACAAGCUGUUAUUGGGCGACUCCUCAUUUCCGCUACAUAUCGGACUGUCUGUAUUAACACAAUUGAGGGACCGUCUGCUCAAUUCUGGUUUCAACGAGUGUAUUUUACUAUUCUCCGAUUUGCCGGAGGUCGAUAUCGAGAAAUGCGUCUCCUAUUCGACUGCCACGUUCCAAUCGACUCCCAAAAGUAUAACAGCGCGGGAACACCAGAACGGGAAAUACCACCCGAAAAAUGAGCUAGACAUAAGCAAUGUGAGUUUGCAGGAGUUGAACCGGGAGAGGUGCCCCCGGCUCAGUGCUUCCGACUUCGUCGAUUUGGUGCGACUUGAGCCGGAAAAACUCCUGAUUAUUGAUAUCCGCAAUCCGGUGCAGUUUAACCGCUCCUCGGUCGUCAAUAGCGUAAACAUCCCGUUUUCUAGCGUAACCUUCGGCGAAGCCAGCCUGGAAAACGUGGGCCAACACAGCACGACAAUAAAAAACAGCGGGGGCAAAAUAAUCGUAAUUGUGGGGAACGAAGAGACCGAUUUGGAGCUGUUCCCCAAAUUUUUGCUCAAGUGUGGCGUGAGCAGGGUGUGCGUCUUGCACGGCGGCUUCAGUCUUCUGCCAACGAUCACGCCGUCGAUUUUAAUCUCGCAAUCAAAUCUGAUCAAUUAACUUGCGUGCUAUUUAUACCGACUUGUUUCCAUGUUAUUUAUGUUUAUAAUAAAUGACCGUUUGUUAUUACCAUUA